CAGAGCCCUGGGGUGGAGAUGGGAAUAGGGCUCCUUUAACUCAUUCCCCAGGGUUCCUGAACCCCUACUGCCCUGCAGAGCCCUGAGCCCAUACCUAUGCCCACCUGAGCAGUGAUCCAAGGCAGCUGCAGGAAGAGGAUGACGCCCCAGCUCUUGAGCAGACAGCCUAUCUAGGAGAGUAGGAUGGGGUGUCUCAAGAUGAGGAAGGAGUGUUGGCCCUGGCAGAAGAGGUGGCUCUUGGUGUCCUGCCUCAGACGGUGAGAUUGGAGCACUAUGUUACACACCUGAAACUAACAUAGCAUUCAUUGUACGUGAACUAUUACUCAGUUUUAAAAAACGGUAUUGCGCCCGCCACCCAUCCAGUCCCGGACUCCGGUCCCCGCCGCUGCGAAGAUUGGUCGUCAUCCCAGCGACCAAGAGAAACAACAGUCAAAGCCCAGGACUGACCCAAAAUGCACGCUCUGCUCUUAGCCUCGCGCUCCGCGGGUCUGCGGGGUCCGUCGCCCCCUCCAGCCGGGUCUGGGAAACGCAGCCACCCUAUUCCCGCAUCGUCCUUGGCUUCCACGUUUGCCUCGCUCAGCGCGUAGAGGUGACACAAGUGGAAGGGGGGAGAAGGUCAUCUCGGGACGCGGCCCAGCGGUUUGGGUGUCGGAGUCGGGCUCCUGGAGUCCAGCCCCUAGCCUGCCCGCGCCGGCUAUAAUUAGCCGGGUGGGGCCACUGGCCGCGUGAGAGGCUAGUUUCCUCCGCCACCCGGUGCAAAGCCGAGCAGGUUCGGAUGAGAGGGCAAGCAGAACGCUGGUGUCUCAGGAGGGUGACUGUCGGAUUGGCGUCAGGAAGGGCGAGGCACUGGAUCUUCACACAGGCUUCUUACAUCCUUCGCUGCCCAUCGGCAACCUCAGAGUUGCGCUGUGUAGCCUAGCGGCUCCAGCCUUGAGAUGGGACUGGAGGUGGGGAGAGGAGGGUUGAAGUAGGGAGAGAGACUGAUAUGUUGCCGGGCUGAAAGCAGGGUUCCUCCGGCCGCUUUGGGCUAAGCUCUGACCCCCCACUCCUCUGCUCACCUGCAGCUAUACAGCGAACCUAGGCUAUGAGCAUCUCGGAGUCCGCACUUCGUGCCUCGGACCCCGAGGGCACCUCUCUUCCGGUCCCAAAGGCCUGCCUUGGCCUCCCUUUGCCCGCCCCAAGAGCCCACUUCUGGCCUCCGUCCCCCGACGAGGAUCCUCGUUUGACCCCCUUUCCUCUGGAAGAGCCUGGCCCCAGGCCCAUGGCCCCAGGGAACCUUCCCUUUCCAGCCGUGUCCCUAGAGGAAGACGAAGAGGAGGACGAAGAAGAUGCGGCAGAGUCCGAAGGGCUGCGCAGCGAGGAGCAUCCCAGCCAGUUUUUCGCGGAGGCACAGCGGCUGCGGGAUCAAAGGCUGUUGGUGGACGAAGAGGUGUCAGUCGGGGGGCGAGUAUACGGGGUGCAUCGGGUGAUCUUGGCUGCGGUUAGCAGCCUCUUCCGAGGCAGGCUGCUGGGUGGCAGAGGUCCACGAUCCCCCUUUAGUCUCGAUGUGGCACCUGGGGCCUGGGAAGCCGUGCUGACCUUUGCUUAUGAGGGGGUGCUGGGCCCCGCCCCUUGGGGGGAUGUACUGGUAGCUGCUGAGGCCCUAGGAGCCCCCAGGGUGAAGGCCGCGGCCCAGUGGAGACGUGAGGGGACUGGAAGCAUACGGGAAGAUGAAAAGCAGCCCUGCCGGGCAGAAGAGCUAAAGGAGAACCUGCGCAGCAUCGACCUCCUAUACCAAGAGGGCACCGGGUGUGACCUGGAGCUGGAGGCAGGUGGCUGCCGGCUGCGGGUGCACCGAGCAGCCCUGGCCUGUGGCAGUGAAUUCUUUGGGGCCAUGCUCCUGAGUGGGAUGAGGGAAUCCCAGGGUACAGAGGUGUCUCUGCACACCAUCUCUGCCCAGGACCUGCAACUCCUUGUCUCUUUUGCCUAUUCUGGGGUUGUUCGGGCACGGUGGCCAGGACUGCUGCGAGCGGCCCAGGCUGCUAUGCAGUACCAGAGUGCUUCUUGCCUGGCACUGUGCCAGAGAGCCUUGGCACAGGGCCUCAGCCCUGCCCGUUGCCUGGCCCUGCUCCCCAUGGCUGAAGUCCCAGGGUUGGAGAGGCUGUGGAGCAAAGCCCGUCACUACCUCCUCACGCACCUGCCUGCUGUGACUUUGUGUUCCACUUUCUCUUCUUUACCGGGUGCCUGCCUGGCUGAACUCCUAGACAGCAAUGAGCUACAUGUGCAGGAGGAGUUCGAGGCCUUUGUGGCUGCGCGGUGUUGGCUAGCUGCCAACCCUGAGACCCAGGAGUCAGAAGCCAAGGCCCUGCUGCGAUGUGUCCGCUUUGGCCGUAUGUCCACCAGAGAGCUGCGGAGGGUACGGGCAGCUGGGCUGCCUCCACCCCUGUCCCCCAACUUGCUGCAUCAGCUGAUGGUGGAGGCUGAGGUUCCAGGUCAAGAGAGGCGGAGGGAGCCUGAUCAGGCACUGGUAGUGAUUGGCGGGGAUGGGCUCCGAUCAGAUAUGGCCAUAAGGCAGCCAUCCCGAGGAGUGUGGUGGGCCCAGGCCUUCUGCUGUGGCACCGGACUGGUUCGAACUGUGGAGUGGGGGCAGCUGCCGGCCCUGCCUGCCCCAGGGCGCUUCCGCCAUGGGGCUGCCAGCCUAGCAGGAAGUGAACUCUACGUGUGUGGCGGACAGGAUUUCUACAGUGACUCCAACAUUCUGGCUUCAACUCUCAGGUGGGACCCCAGUCAAGAGGAUUGGGAGGAGAUGGCGCCUUUGUGCCAGGCUCGGAGCUUCUUUCCCCUGGUGGCUCUGGAUGGACAACUUUAUGCCCUGGGUGGACGAGACAAGGGUGUUGCCCUUGACUCUGUGGAGGCCUAUAACCCUGAGCUCAAUGUCUGGAGGCCAGCACCUGCGCUUCCAGCACCUCGCUUUGCCCAUGCUGCUGCUGUUUUGGAGGGCCAACUGUAUGUGAGUGGUGGCUGCAGCAGCACUGGGCAAUACCUGGCCUCACUGCUGCAUUAUGAGCCCAAGCUUGAGAAGGCGGGGACACUUCUGAGCCCUAUGGGGGUACCUCGGGCCAGCCAUAUCAUGGCUGCUCUAGGUGGGCGGUUGUAUGUGGCAGGUGGGUUAGGUGAGACUGGGGACCUGCUGAGCUUUGAAUCCUAUGAACCAAGGACUGACAGUUGGACUCACCUGGCACCCCUGCCCUCCCCCCAUGUGGGUGCUGCAGGUGCCACACUGCAGGGGGAGCUCCUGGUGCUGGGGGGCUACAGCCACUGUACUUAUGCCCUCUCCCACCUGAUCCAUGCUUACUGUCCUGGCCUGGGCCGAUGGCUCUGCCUGGGAACUCUGCCAAGGCCUCGGGCUGAGCUGUCCGCCUGCACUCUGGCACUGCCCGUGCAGGGCACGGCUUUAUUUCCUACACGGUGCCAGAGCAAACCUGCUGGGUGAGGGAGAGCAGCAGGGGUUGGGGAGGAAGGAAGGAGCAACAUCCUGAGAGGAGGACACAGACUCUGGGGGGAGAAAGAGAAGGCUUCAUUCGUCAUAGUAUUUUGUUCCAGCGCAGUGCUGUACAACUCCUAAACUGCUUUUGUAUUUAUGAUCUUCAUUGAUGGAAAGUUGGUUGCAGAAUUCCUGGGGAAAGGGCUGGGGAUGGGUGAGACAGCUGGGUGCCUAGGGAAGGAGGGAACAUGCAGAGCAACUCCACAAGGUUUAGGGGCCCUGGCCCUGUUUUCAGUGGGAAGUGCAUCUGGUUGAGAAGACAGUCUAGCAGCUCCAGUAGCCAAGGUAUAGGGGCCACUAAGGGACAGUCAGAAAAAUGACAUUUUUGACCCAUGGAUCAAGGAGAAAACCUGCCAAGGCCAUGAAUGGAAAAGUGUGAGGAGGUGGGCGAAGGGCUGCAACUGUUGGACCCUCCCUUUGCCAGGACUUGCUCCUUUCUAUCCUCCAAAUCUUGGGACACCUAAACCUUUUGGAAUGUUCUUUCCCCAGUAACUUAUAGGCCCGGUCUAGACACCACAGGCUGCCUAAGAUCUCUGGUUUUCACUCUGUGGCAGAAGUUCCCAUCUGGACCUGACACAGCACAGGGGCUGGAGAUGCCUGGGCGAUGAGGUGGGAAUGCUGCCCUGGGGAAGAUGGGUGGGUGCAGAGGUGGGGGGCGGAAUGGGAUGUAGGAGGUUUGAGGGGAUGGAGGAGAGGACGAAGCCUGACUGGCUUCUUUCCUUCCCUUUGGGAUGGAUUGAGAGAUCAGGAGUGAAAACAGGACAGCUGUGGUGUGAGGCCUGACUUGUGAGAGAAGAGUGAGGGGCAGAUGAGACCCAGAAAAGUGGUUUUCUCCCCUUUUGUCCCUUUCCUCUAGAGUUUUUAAAAUCCAUUUCCUUUCUUCUUGGCCAGGAAAGGUUGAGUGUGAUGCUUCCUCUCUCCCUUCCUCCAUCUUGCUUUUCCUUCCUUUCUUUCCCUCUUCUUUAUUUUUUCUCCUCCGUACUCCCACAUAGUUAUAUUAAUUACCUGUAUGCACCAGGCACUGCAUGAGGCACCUAGGAUACAAAGAGCAAAGAGCUCCUGAACAGCAGAGAGACUUGUAAAUGAAUACAGGUUUUGCAGUGGACUUAGAGGUAUGGACACUUAACUCAUACCACUCAUUCCUCAUACUUAGAGGUGGGAGGGCCGAGAGGAGUGAACUCUGCCCAUCAUCAAGUGGGUGUAGUUGGAACUGAAUCUUGAAGGCUGCCUGGAGUCUCACCAGUCAGAGCAGCAGUCCAGUCAGAGAAAAGCAGCAAGCGGAGUCUGUAGUGUCCUGAGGCUCCAGGGCAGAGGGGAUGUUGUACUCCGGAGGUUCUUUGGAGAGUGUGGCAGCUCCUGCCAGCCCACCCUCUUCUUCAGGGCUUCUUGGAAGACAGUGCCUUUUACUUAACAAUUGUAUAUUCCCUCCUUCCAUAAUUCCCCUGAUUCUUUCUUGCCUGAUAAUUCCAUUUCUGACCCCUGAGCAGCUCAGGACAAAGAAGGGUCAAUUCUUUGUAUAGGUCAGUUUUCUAUUAACAUUGUUUAUUAAAAUUCUCAUGCUUUUUAGGGUGAUAGGAAGGAGAUUCCCUUGCAUCUUUCUUCAUCCUGGCUCCAGAGGGUUUUGACAUGUUUUUGUUUAUCUUUUUCAGAUUUCAUUAUUUUAUUAAGGUUUUUUUUUUCUUCUAUAUUUCCAUUCUGGGUCACAGUUGAAUAUGAGGAGGGUUAAGUAGAGUAUAUAUAUAUAAGAGAACAGAGAAGAAAGAUUGUAGAAGACAGGGAAGAAGGAAAUUAGAGGCAUUGAGAAACUAUGAGGGGGUCUUUAGGGUGAACUGCGGACAUGCUCUUAGUGAUUUGUAUGCAAAGAUAGGCUUAAAUAAAGGGUUUGUCAU